AUGUGGUACGGCGUCUUCCUCUGGGCUCUGGUGUCUUCGCUCUCUUUCCACGUCCCGGCUGCUUUGCUAGCGCUCUUCACGCUCCGGCAUCACAAGUACGGGCGGUUCAUGUCCGUGAGCCUCCUGCUGAUGGGCAUCGUGGGACCCAUCACCGCCGGCAUCCUCACAAGUGCUGCCAUUGCUGGUGUUUACAGAGCUGCGGGGAAAAAAAUGAGCCCCUUUGAAGCCCUGGUUUUAGGAGUGGGGCAGACCUUCUGCGUGGUGGUGGUUUCCUUCCUACGCAUUUUAGCCACUCUUUAG